GACGUGUUUUUCCCUGUGUCUGUCUCAUGGGCCCACACUCACUUCCUGUCCCUCCCCUUCCGGUGCAAGAUGGCGCCCCCCACACCAGUGUUGGCAGUUCGCGCAUCGAAUGGAACAUCCAUGAUCUAUGGCCCUCCAGACUGUGUCGAAAAUACUGUCUUUAAAAGGGAUGGACGAGCAAGUAAAUUUGUGACGUUUAGCAGAGAUGGUUCCUUGUUCGCCUGGUGCAAUGGAGACAAGGUCAGUGUACUUAAUGUGGCAGAUGGCACAGUCCUGCAGUCUCUCGACCUCCCAAAGACGGCCUGUCUGGAGUUCUCUCCCAAGAGCUCCAUUCUGGCAACAUGGCAGCCUUAUAGCAAAACGCAGGAGAGUGCUCAAGGAGACCCUAACCUUCACCUGUGGGAUCUGCAGACUGGGAAGUGUCUUAAAUCUUUCUACCAGAAGAAAAUGCAGGGCUGGUGCCCAACCUGGUCCGAUGAUGAAAGUAUCGCCGUCAGGAAUGUAAACAACGAGCUCCAUUUUUUCGAAAAUAACAAAUUUGACACCAUCGCCAACAAGCUGCACCUGCAGAAGGUCACGGAGUUCGUCCUGUCUCCCGGAGCUCAGCCCAGCAAGGUCGCUGUCUAUGUCCCAGGAAGCAAAGGGGCCCCCUCCUUCGUGCGGCUGUACCAGUACCCCAACUUCGCAGGGCCGACCUCAGCUUUGGCCAACAAAAGCUUCUUUAAGUCUGACAAAGUGACGAUGCUGUGGAACAAGAAAGCCUCCGCCGUCCUAGUGACCGCUAGCACGGAGGUGGACAAGACGGGGGCGUCGUACUACGGGGAGCAGACCCUCCACUACCUGGCGGUCAACGGCGAGAGUGCGGUCGUGCAGCUGCCGAAGAGCGGCCCGAUCUACGACGUGGUCUGGAGCCCCGGCUCCGCCGAGUUCUGCGUAGUCUACGGCUUCAUGCCGGCCAAGGCCACCGUGUUCAACCUCAAGUGUGACCCCGUGUUCGACUUCGGCACGGGCCCGAGGAACGCCGCCUACUACAGCCCCCAGGGGCACAUCCUGGUGCUGGCGGGCUUCGGCAACCUCCGGGGGCAGAUGGAGGUCUGGGACGCGAAGAGGUACAAGCAGAUCUCCAAGCCACAGGCGCCGGACUCCACUUUCUUCUCCUGGUGCCCGGACGGGGAGCACAUCGUCACGGCGACGUGCGCCCCGAGACUGAGGGUUGGCAACGGGUACAAGAUCUGGCACUACACCGGCACCGUGCUCCACAAGUCCGACGUGCCGGCCGACGCCGAGCUCUGGGAGGUGCUGUGGCAGCCGUGUGCGGAGGGGGUCUUCCCCGAGAAGCCCAUCAGGUACCAGGCGGCGCCCAGCGAGCUGGGCAGCGCGGAGCCCAAGCCAGCCCAGGCGUACAGACCCCCGGCGCUGAGGAACAGACCAGCCGCCAGCUCGAAGCUGCACGAGGAGGAGCCGCCGCAGAACAUGAAGCAGCCGGCCGGAGGGGAGCGGCCCCUGUCCAGAGCGAAAAUCAAGGCAAUAGAGCAGCUCAAGGAGCAGCAGGCCACUGGCAAGCAGCUGGAGAAAAACCAGAUUGAGAAGAUACAGAAGGAGUCCCAGUUGUUACAGGAAUUGGAGGAUUUGGAACUGGGAUUGUAAUUUAGAAAGGAAUUCUUUGGCCAUUUUCUGUCCUCAAGCGCUAUAUAAAUCGCAGGGUUUAUUUUUCAGAAUUCUACAUCUGCUCUGGACACUUCCUUCACCGAUCACAAUCGCAGUUUGUUUCGUUUAAAUGAAGUGACUCGCCGAACAGGAAAGCUACAAUCUGGCAGGUGUUACAGAGCAAGAUUCUUCUAUUUUGGUAUGGACUAAUUUAAAUGUCUGAGCCACGAAUAAGUAUUAUUCUUUAGCACAAGACAGUAAAGCUAUGCAAUGCAGUUUAAAAAAACAAAACAAAUCCUAGUUAUAUUUUAGGACUGUACAUACUGUACUAAAUGCUUUGCUCUGCUCAACAGUUGAAAAACUUAAGAUAAAACAUUGUGAAAUUGUUUUACCAUGUUUCAGAAGCCUAAAUCGGUUAUGCCAUUUGUAUGAACUGGACAGUGUAAAAUAAAAGAAAUGUCAAAGAAUCUGUA